AUGCAUUUGGCAUACCCCUCGAGGAAAGCCUCGAACCCUCCAGCAUAUCUUGCGCCACGGUCCUCGCGUUUCCCAAUGCUACGCAGAAGUAGGGUGAAGACGAUAGUUUUGUGUGCCUGUGCCAUAGGGGUGGUAUUCUUUAUACUUUCGCGUAUACUCGGGGGAGCAGAUGGAAUCCCAUCAGGGACUCCGCCAGUUGUAAUAGUCACAGUAUUGGAUACGGUGGGAUAUAGUAGAGAAUAUCAGGACAGCGUAAAGGAGAAUCGGAUUCAGUAUGCCAGGAAACAUGGCUAUGCAACAUUUUUCCCUAGUAUUGGAGACUACGAUAUUCAAGGAUCGCCGAAUUCAUGGUCCAAAGUUCCCGCUGCACGACACGCAUUAUCACAAUUUCCACAUAGCGAAUAUAUUUGGGUUUUGGAGCAGAAUGCCCUCAUCAUGAAUCCUGCGCUUAAAAUCGAGGACCACAUUAUGAACCCAAAACGUUUAGAAAGCUUGAUGAUCAAAGAUCAGUCUAUUGUACCGCCGGACAGUGUUAUCAAAACGUUUCCAAAUUUGAAAGGCGGGAGUAUCGAUUUGGUACUCACUCAGGAUAAGGACGGUCUGUCGCAGGCUAGUUUUAUUAUCAGAAAGGGGGAGUGGAGCAAAUUCUUCCUCGAUACAUGGUUUGACCCUCUGUAUCGUUCUUACAAUUUUCAGAAAGCGGAUACACAUGCAUUGGAACACAUUGUACAAUGGCAUCCAACGAUCUUGUCGAAGUUGGCACUCGUGCCACAAAAAAUAAUGAAUGCAUACAAUUCAGAUGAAGCAGAAGGAUACAAAGAUGGAGAUUUCGUCGUCCGAUUACCAGGUUGCGACCAAUCUGGGCGAGACUGUGCAAAAGAGGCUGAAAAAUACACAAGACAAUGGAGAACUGUCUUCGCACAGCGAUGA